GAAAGUUGGGGAAAGAUGCACGAAGGGGAGGAUGGCAGCGACGCGAGCCCCGCCGCGACCCCGCGGGUCACGGCCGCCAAGUCAGUGGACGUGGCCGAGGUGGAGGGCGCGAAGGAGCAGGCCUCCCGGCUGUGCGGCUACCUGAACAAACUGUCCGGCAAGGGGCCACUGAGGGGCUACAAGCCGAGGUGGUUCGUGUACGACCCGAGGAAGUGUUACUUGUACUACUUCAAGACUCCGCAGGACGCGCUGCCGCUCGGACACAUCGAGGUGGGAGACGCGUGCUUCUGUUACGACGUGGAGGGGGAAGAGGGUCAGUUUGAGAUCCGCACCGCCGGGAAGGAGUUCCUCUUGAAGGCCCCCAGCAGGCAGGUGAUGAACUUCUGGCUCCAGCAGUUGCAGCAGAAGCGUUGGGAGUACAGCAGCACUCGGAGCUCCGGUCAGAGAGACAGCUGGAGCUCCCCGACCCUGGCCUACCCUCCCACCGGCCUGGUCGGCAAAGACAAUGAUGGUUUCGUCUUUGAGAAGCUGAGCGAAAGCAUGGAGAAGGUCCGCAGCGACUUUGCCAUGGAGACGGAGACAGAGGACGGGUCGAUGGUGGGGAUUCAGACGGCCAGAGGAGCCUCCGCUGUGUCCACCAACCCUCUCAACUUCUCGCUCAAAAACUUUGGUACAGAACUCAAGAACUCCAUGUCUUAUCUGCGGCAGGGCAAGGGAGCUGAGAACAGGCGCAGUGUGUUUUACACUGGUAACAACAGCACAGAGGAGUGGGAGCUGGUGGACGCCCCACCCAAGGACCUCAUUGAACAGAAAUCUCACCCAGACACACUCAGACAUUCCUUGGGAUCCGCAUUUACAUUUGACUUUGUGCGAAAUCCAGCCCGGCCUAAGAGGCCACUGCUUCGGGACAUGAUGGGCUCUGGGAGGUUUGGGCGCAGUGCUGAGACGCGCAGUGCGGAGAGCUCGCCAGUGGAGUACAACGGAAGCAAACCUUUGGAGAUGCAGCUUCGCCUCCAGAGCCAACAGGAAGAACUGAGCCGCAUGGAGCAGGAACAGGCAAAACUCCGAGAUGAGCUCGCCAGUCAGAAGGAGCUGGUUAGACUUCUGCAGCAGACCCUCAGGACGUCUCAGAGCGAGCGGCCAACAGUGCGCUGUCCAGCCCCGGCUCCUGAUCCAUCCACAGCCUCAGACCAGGCCCCGGCCCCGGCCUCUGAAAUAACCCAGGAAGACAUCACCCAGCUGGGGAACCUGCUUCAGGAAAGAGACGGACAGAUCCAGGCCCUGUGUGGCCACAUGGAGCGUCUCGCCUUGGAGAAGGAGAGCCUGCAACAGGAGCUGAAAGGCUUGAAGAUUAAAGUAGGGGAGAUGAAUGAGCAGCUGGGUAUGAUGAUGGAGACCAUCCAGGCUAAGGAUGAGGUCAUCAUGAAGCUGUCGCAGCAGAGCCUUGAGGACAGUGGAAAACCAAAUGAUGCAAGUUCACUGUCUCCAAUCAAAGAGCAGCAGGAGCUGGACAUCCUGAAGGACGGUCUUCAAGGCUACAAAUCCCAGAACAAGUUCCUGAACAAAGAGAUCCUGGAGCUGACAGUGUUACGCAGGAAUGCAGAGAGUAGAGAAAAAGCUUUAGAAGCAAAGUAUACGGCCCUGGAGGCCAAGUUGUGUCAGUUAGAGAGUAAAUAUCUGGUGCUGCUUCAAGAAGUGAAGAACCCGGUGUGUUCGUCUUCGGAGCAGAGUCCUGCCUGUGACGUCAUUUCCAGAUUGUUAGAGGAUGCUCUGCAGGUAGAGGGCUCCGAUCAGCAGGAGCACCUCAUCUUCAAACCAAGCACUGUCAGUGAGUACGACGUGUUUGGCUUCAAGACGGUGCUUGAGGAAGAGGAGGAGGAAGAGAAGCUGUUCGCGAAGGUGAGAGCCUUGGAGCUGAAGACGCUGUCCAUGACGAACCAGGAGGUGUCCGUAGGAGUAAAGUGGGAGAACUACCUGGCCAGCACCCUGAACAGAGACCUGGUGCGCUCCCCUGAGCUCAAAGCCCUGAUUCGCUGCGGUGUGCCGCACGAGCACCGGUCCCAGGUGUGGCGCUGGUGUGUCGCCUUCCACGUCAAGAAAUUUCGGGACCAUUUGGCGCCGGACUAUUAUGAGACGCUACUGAAUGUAGCCAGGGACAAGCCCAACCCGGCCUCGAAGCAGAUCGAGCUGGACCUGCUGCGCACUUUGCCCAACAACAAGCACUACUCCUCUCCGAGUGCGGGCGGCAUCCAGAAACUCAGGAACGUCUUGAUGGCGUUCUCCUGGAGGAACCCAGAUAUUGGCUACUGUCAGGGACUCAACAGGCUGGCUGCCAUUGCCUUGCUCUAUCUGGACCAAGAGGACGCCUUCUGGAGCCUCAUAGCUAUUGUGGAAGUGUUCAUGCCGAGAGACUAUUACACCAAGACUCUGCUUGGCUCACAGGUUGACCAGCGCGUGUUCAAGGACCUGAUGUUAGAGAAGCUGCCGCGGCUUCACGCCCACUUUGAGCAGCACAAGGUCGACUUCUCCCUCAUCACCUUCAACUGGUUCCUGGUGGUGUUCGUGGACAGUGUGGUGAGCAGCGUCCUCUUCAAGAUCUGGGACGCCUUCCUGUACGAAGGUCCAAAGAUCAUAUUUCGCUCCGCCCUCGCUCUCUUCAAGUACAAGGAGGAAGAGUUUUUGAAGUUGCAGGAUUCCACAACCAUCUUCAAAUAUCUCCGAUACUUCACCGGAACAAUCCUGGAUUCAAGGAAGCUGAUGAGCAUCGCCUUCGGGGACAUGAACCCGUUCCCCAUGAGGCAAAUCCAGAACCGCCGCUCCUUCCACCUGGAGAAGGUCCGUCUGGAGCUGACGGAGCUGGAGGCCAUCAGGCAGACCUUCCUCAGGGAGAGGGAGUCGAGUCAGGACGGACGGAGCUUCGUCAGUGACGAUGAGGAGGAUAAUUAACCUGACGCUGAAGACGAAGAGACCUCCUCCACACACCAGUGAUGUGUCGCUGUUGUAAAAAGGUUGUUCUGACGUAGAGAUCUGUUGGAGUUGGUCUCCACAUUGAUGCUGGAACAAUCGACUUCAUACAGUCGAGGUGGAAUCGUGACAAAGGACAAAAACGUCACAGGCUGUGUGGCUUACAUCAGUAUUCCUGCCUUAUUUCCUAAAUACUUUAUUUGCUGGAUGCUUGUGUGUUUACCUGACGGCCAAAACUGUGUUUGUCUUAUUAUCUCUUUAUCCUCCAAUGCCAAGUUCAAACUUUCACAUCAGUCCAAAUCAGUAUUUUCGAAAUCAUGGCUUUGAUCUUGUAAUAAGUUGGAGCUUUUUAUACCUGUCGAACAAAUGAUUGUUUACUCUUUUUUUCCUUUCAUCGCAACUCAAAUGUUCUCUGAAAUGUUUUUCCACUUGUUCUGAACAACACAACUUUUUAUCUGUUGUUGAACUUGAACUAGUGAUGCUGAAAACUUAAACUUUAAGUGUUAGAGCCUUCAAAUCACAAGGUGUGUGUGGUCCAGAAACUCUUUUGAUCAAACCUUGGAUUAAAAACUAAAUCUUACUCCUGUCUUAUCAGUUAAAAAUCAGGUGGAAGGUUUCAGUAAUUUUCCCUUUUCCCCAAAGAUGAGAGUGUUUUUCAUACUUUUGACCCCAACCUCUUUCAUAUGCUGGGAUUUCUGAGCCUCAUCUCAAAUUGCUGAUGUAUUUGCAUUCGUUGUCCACAGUGUGGCAGUACAACAUCGGUCUCUGUCCAGCGUUGCCACUCGUCCACAGGUACCAAUCACUGUGCUGGACUUCAGCUCAGGAUGAGAAGUCACUUUUUCAGUGUGGUUGUUGUGUGAGAAUGAAUUGAUGAUAUGAUUUGUCAUCUAUGGAGAUUAUUGAACAUGUGUGGCAACAGCUGUCUCUCCUCCACAUCCAGGUACUAAGACAUGAUGGUUUCCUCUCCAGCACUGUGACCAUCUGGUUUGUGAUUCAUGCUGUUCAACUAACUACAGUCUAAAAAUAUUCUACAAACACAAAGAACCAUGUUUUCUUUUGGCUAAACAAGAUUUUGUUAUUGUUUGAAAUCUACGAGGUUUGGACACAGAGCCUUCUCCCUUGUUCGCUGAUGUAUUGUUUACAACUUAUAACUUUUAUCUUUCUUUUACUUUUAUUUACAGAGCAUUUGUUUGCGUCAGAAUUGACCAUGUUUUCUUUUCCUUGUUCCAAUUGUUAUUAAAAUAGAAAUGUAGAUUGAAAAACUGUAGGUUCAAAUCAAAUCAAAUGAUCCUCAUGAGAGCAGGUCUCUCUAGAAAUUGUUAAGUUUAAGCUAAAAAAUUUACUUUUUCCGGAACUUCCACUCAUAAUGUCAAUGUUCACUUUUAUUUCAAUGCACGGCCACUUGUUCUGAUGCUUGUUAAAUUGCAUUGUUCAUGUUUUGUCAUUUUAUUUUCACAUUGAAUAAGCUACAUGUAAAGUUACCCUCUGCUCUUCAGUUUAUCUUUUUGUCCUUUUUUUUCUUUUCACAUCCCUAAAUAUUAUUGUGCACUCAAUUGAUUUGUUUGUAAAUCUCUACAUUACCUUGUUUGUUUACUCAGUAUAAAGUGCAAAGCUUUUAUGUCACAGAAGUGAGCGUACGCCACUCUAUGUUUCCGUAGCACACAUUCAAUAAAAACAAACGGCUGACUGAA